UUGCUUCGAAAUCUCUCUUGUAGUUCUUGUUUCGUGUUUACACAACUUUUCGUUAUUCUCUCUCACCGUUCGAAUUCAGGAUUGGAUCGGAAUUCGAAGAAGCAAUUCGGUUUUUGUAUAGUUCGGUAAUGGCUGGGAUGUGUUGCAGAGUUGUUGGCGAGACCGAGACGACGACGAAGGCAGCGGAGCCGAGCUUGAGGGUGGCGAAGCGGCGGAGGAUGGAAAUUCACCAGCUGAAGAUUCUUGCAGCAGAUAUGGCUGUGCCGUUGCCGGAGAACGGUAGAAAACGUCGGAAAUUGGAUGUUUUUGUGGCAGAUUCGAAGCUGUCUGAGUGCGGAAAAGCAGUUGAGAAUUGCGUGAUUAGUGAAGGUUGUUUGGUGGAGAACGGUGAAUCAGAGACGACGUCUGCGAAACAGUGUGCAUCUUCGACUUCAAAUGUGACAAACGAGCCUGAGGUGGUUCAGAAAUGCCCUAAGUUAGGCAUGACUUCUGUGUGUGGAAGGAGGAGAGAUAUGGAAGACGCUGUGGCCAUUCACCCCUUGUUUUGCCGCCGGAGUAGUCAGAAUCCGGCGGAUUUGCACUUUUUCGGCGUUUACGACGGCCACGGUUGCUCACAUGUGGCGAUGAAGUGCAAAGAUCGAUUGCACGAGAUAGUGAGAGACGAGUUCGAAAGCCACGAAGAAGAUUCGUGGAAGGAAAUGAUGGAGCGAAGCUUCUCUCGUAUGGACAAGGAGGUAACCGAUUGGUCCAGCGGCGUUGGAGUCGGAAGCUCUAUCUCCAACUGCAGGUGCGAGCUCCAAACACCGCAGUGCGACGCCGUUGGAUCCACGGCCGUCGUCGCGGUCGUGACGCCGGAGAAGAUCAUCGUCUCCAACUGCGGUGACUCCCGAGCCGUACUUUGCCGUAACGGCGUCGCAAUUCCUCUCUCCUCCGAUCACAAGCCUGAUCGACCGGACGAACUCGAUCGAAUUCAAAACGCCGGUGGAAGAGUCAUAUACUGGGACGGUGCGAGAGUACUCGGAGUCUUAGCCAUGUCUAGGGCAAUAGGUGAUAAUUAUCUGAAACCGUUCGUUAUACCGGAACCGGAGGUAACCGUAACGGAUCGGACGGCGGAGGACGAGUGUUUGAUAUUGGCGAGCGAUGGACUUUGGGACGUGGUGUCGAACGAAACCGCGUGCGGCGUCGCGAGAAUGUGCUUGAGGUCGAUGAAGCCGCCGUCGCCGCCACAGUCGCCGGGGAGCGAAGUCAACAUUGCAGCCGCCGGCGAGAGCUCCGACAAGGCUUGCUCCGACGCCUCGAUUCUGCUGACGAAGCUGGCCUUGGCCAGGCACAGUACGGACAACGUCAGCGUCGUCGUCGUCGAUUUGAGGAGAGAUCUAUAGCCCCCAUCGACUUUUUAUUAUUAUUAUUAUUAUUAUUUAGCUUUUAAUUAAUUGUUACUUUUGGUGAUGAUGUCUUGAGAUGGAGGAGUGUCGUAGGGCAUAUAUCCUUCAAAGUAUUAAAAAGAAAUAUAUAUAUAUUUAUAUAUAUAUAUAUAUAUAAUAUAUAUAUAGAAAUUUAAGUCUUCAAAUAUCAUUUUAAUGGUAAAAUGAUAUUUUUAUUUGAAGGCUAUAUGGAAGGGUUAGAAAAAUGUAUAUAUACUUGUUUUAAUUUCAAA